AUAUCGGUGAGCAAAUUACAAUAUACAAUAUACAAUACAUCUUCGGUGCAGUUAAACUAAAAAGUAGUUUAGUUCAAGUGUCAGUUGCAGACAGUUUUAUGUUUAUGUCAGUUUUGGAGUAGAGGUUAUAGUGGUUAAUUAGUGUCAAACAAAAGUUACAAAUAAUUGUUAAAGUGCUAAUUAAGAGAGUGAAACUAUGGAUUCAAUAGAAGACGAUGAAAUUUUUGAUGAUAAUACUCAAGAAUUAAUUAUAAGCUUUCCACUUGAAGUGCAAAAAGCUAUUGAGCAGGUUUUACCCAGCACUGAUCCAUUGGAUCAGCCUGACUUCAAUACUAUCGAUUAUAUAAAUUCUCUCUUUCCUACUGAACAAUCUUUAUCAAAUAUUGAUGAAGUUGUUGCAAAAAUGCAAACGAAAAUUGAAACUAUUGAUGAUGAGAUUAGUACUGUUGUAAGGGACCAAACGACUGCUAGUCAGGACGGUCGUCAGGCAUUAGAUGAAGCACAGAAAGUGAUAAAACAACUCUUUAUUCAAAUAAAGGAUAUUAAAGAACGUGCAGAAAAAUCAGAAGAGAUGGUAGGUGAAAUAACAAGAGAUAUAAAACAAUUAGAUUGUGCUAAACGCAAUUUGACUCUUGCCAUUACCACAUUAAAUCAUUUGCAUAUGCUUGUUGGAGGUGUUGACACAUUAAAAACAUUAACACAAAAACGUCUGUAUGGGGAAAUUGCAUUGCCAUUACAGGCAAUUAGUGAAGUUAUGACUCAUUUUGAAAAUUACUCUGACAUUCCACAAAUUAAAAAAUUAAGUGAUGAAGUUAAAGCAAUUCAUGUAGAGUUAGCUGAACAAAUAACACACGACUUCAAGGAGGCAUUCUCAGGCACAAAUACAAAGAGUUUUAUUCCUAAUAAGCAAUUAGCAGCAGCUUGUUUGGUGGUAUCCAUUUUAGACCCCAAGGUUAAGAAAGAUCUACUAAAAUGGUUUGUCAAUUUGCAACUUCAGGAAUAUAGGCAUUUAUUCCAAGAAACUGAAGACACUGCAUGGUUAGAUAAGAUUGAUAAAAGAUAUGCAUGGUUGAAGAAACACCUUUUGGAAUUUGAAGACAAAUUAGGUACAAUGUUUCCACAGAAUUGGGAAGUAUCAGAGAGAAUUGCUGUUCAAUUUUGUCAUGAUACCCGUGAAGAACUUGGAAAAAUAUUAGCUAAGCGUAAACAUGAAGUUGAUGUAAAAUUGUUACUAUAUGCCAUUCAAAAGACAAGUAAUUUUGAAAAUCUUCUUUCAAGGAGAUUCACAGGAAUUACAAUUCCCGAAAAUGACCUUAAUAAAAAUAAUCCCCAUCAGAAUCUAUCAGACUUUCCAUUUGCUGGUUUGAUAGGUACAUGUUUUAUUCCUUAUCUAUAUAUUUAUGUUGAAAGUGUUGAUCGUAACUUAUCUGAUUUAUUGGAACGCUUUGUACAAGAUGAAAAGCAGCUAGUCAUUACAGAAAGUAAUGAAAAUCAGGCAAGCGUUCUUCCAAGUUGUGCUGAUUUAUUUCUGUUUUAUAAGAAGAGUAUGAUUCAGUGUAAUCAGCUUAGUAAAGGUCAAGCUAUGUUGGACUUGACAAAGACAUUUCAAAAAUUUUUGAGAGAAUAUGCCACCAAAGUUUUGCAAAACAAUCUUCCAAAAGUCGAAACACAAUCUCUAGGAAGUAGUGUGCAAUCUUUAACACGAGAUUUGCAGAAAAUGUCUACUUCAGGAUUGAUACAAAAUUUUUCGUCGCUUUUAAAAGAAGGCGAAGUUAUUAGGUUUAGUAAUGACGAGGUGAAAAAGAUCUGUUGUAUUCUAACCACAGCGGAGUAUUGCUUGGAAACUACACAACAAUUGGAGGAGAAAUUAAAGGAAAAGACUGAGCCAGGUUUAGCAGAGCAAAUCAAUUUAAAUCAAGAACAGGAUGCAUUUCAUAAUGUCAUCUCCAAUUGUAUUCAACUGUUAGUCCAAGAUUUAGAGAAUGCUUGUGAACCAGCUUUAACGGCAAUGAGUAAGAUUCCAUGGCAGAACAUUGACAGUGUGGGAGAUCAAAGUCCUUUCAUAACAGAUAUGACGAGUCACUUUAGAAUGACUGUUCCUACUAUUCGUGAUAGUCUCACUCAUUCGCGCAAGUAUUUCACGCAGUUUUGCAUAAAGUUUGCAAGUUCUUUUAUCCCCAAGUUCAUCAAUUGUAUUUACAAGUGCAAGCCUAUCAACACAGAGGGCGCUGAACAGCUCCUUUUGGAUACACACAUGCUUAAGACAGUUCUUUUGAAUCUUCCCUUAAUUUCCUCUCAAAUUAACCGUCAAGCCCCCGCAGCUUAUACCAAAGUCGUAACAAAAGGAAUAACAAAAGCUGAAAUGAUCUUAAAAGUUGUAAUGACGCCAACAGAACCAGCCAAAUCUUUUAUAGAACAAUAUAUGAAAUUGUUGCCGGAGUGUCAAUUGUCUGAAUUUACUAAAAUUUUGGAAAUGAAGAGCAUCAAAAAACAAGAACAAGCAACCUUAUUGGAGAUGUUUAAAAUGGCUAAACCUUCUUCUGAAAGAAAGCACCCAGAUGAACACUUCUGUGAUGAAGAAUCUGGGAGAAUACGAAAACUCGAAAGGCUUAUAAAAAAGGGCCUGCCAAAGUAAUUAUAUAGUCAGUUAGUUUAUUGUAAAUCUCAUAAAGUAUUUUUAUUAGUUAUUUAUAUGUCUGUGAUUACACUAAAUAUUUUUAUCGAUUUUUCGUUUGAAAAUACAUAUGCAUUGAAAUUA